UCGCUACCUAGCCCCAGGUACCUCACUCGGCACGCCUAGCUCCAUUCCACCUGCCCCAGUAAACAAAUUUCCAGUCAAAAUAACCUCGGACAAAAGGUUCCGGAAUAGAUAGCGAAUAGCCGCAUGACCCUCACCGAACUGGCAACCAUGCCCUUACACGUCCACCACAACCUAUUGCUAUGGCCGACUUCAUUGCUGGCUACAUCUCCGGCGCAGCGGGGAUCCUCCUCGGGAGUCCCUUGGACAUAAUCAAAGCACGGCUACAGACGGGCACUUUCUCCAGCACCUCCACGUACACGUUCAGCACGCCGCUGUCGACGCUGCGCGGGGCCACGCCACCACUGCUGACCUACGGCGCCCUCAACGCCGUCCUUUUCACGGCGUACAACCGGUCGCUGCCAUACCUCCCACAAACGCUCCCCGGGAUCUUCACUGCCGGCGCCCUCGCCGGGCUCGCAACCUUCACCAUCUCCGCGCCCACCGAGGUGAUAAAAUGCCGAGCGCAGCUGUCGGCGCAGCACAGGUCCUCGGCCGCAGUGGCAAUGGAGCUGCUGAGGGCGCACGGGAUUCGCGGGCUGUAUCUCGGCGGCGUGGUCACGGCGCUGAGGGAUAGUAUUGGCUACGGCUUCUAUUUUUCCACUUAUGAAGCGGUUAGGCCGGCGUUUGCGGAGCCGGAGGGGCAGCUGGCGAUUCUGGUGGCCGGAGGCGCCGCCGGCGUGGCUACGUGGGCGAGUAUUUACCCGCUGGAUGUGGUGAAGACGAGGGUGCAGACGCAGGUUUUGGGUACAGCGGCGGCGGCGGCGACGGAGCGGAGCUGGUUGCUGGGCGCCCGCGCGGGAAGAGCGUGGCAUGGUGGGUUUGGCGCGAGAGAGUGUGCGCGGAGGGCGUGGAGGGAUGGCGGGAUGAGGGUGUUCUUUGACGGGAUGGGGGUUUGCAUGGCACGAGCUUUUUUGGUAAACGCAGUACAGUGGGCAAUCUACGAGUACAUUAUGCGCCAGCUGCGCACAACCAGCAUCUCCCUGGAAAGCAGCACACAAGUACAUCAGCGGCAUCAUUCAUGAAUCAUGAUGGUAUCCUGAAUGGGCGCGCGCGCGGGGCGGCUACCUAUCGGAGUAUCAAAAGAGCAGAAAAUCAGACCACUUUUUGACUCCUUUGACCAGUGAAGUUUCAUCAUGUGUGACGAACGGGUGUUGCAGACCUCGGGGUUCCGAUUCCCCCCCUCAUGAAACGGCCCGAGCUAGAUAUCCUCUAAAGGAAGGAAGGCUGUAGGUUCUCGGCAGGGGAGCAAUGUUACAGCACAACAAUCUUCAUCCCCCACUCACGAUUACCCAUGAUGAUAAAACGCAAGAAAGAUGGCAGA